AUCAAGAACAUCUUUCAUUCUAAUCCUUUUUGCAUAUAUCUAAUUAAUACAUCCAUUUUUCAACAUGUUUGGAGUAAGCAAAGCCACAAUUAUUGUCAUUGUUAUGAUGUUGUGCAUUUUACUUCAAUUCAACAUCUCAAAUGCAGCUACAUAUCCUGCUGGUGAUGGUAAAGGUUGGGGUUUUAAUAUGAAUGGUUGGCCUAACGGCAAAACUUUCAACGUUGGUGAUGUUAUUGAAUUUAAAUAUAAAGUUGAUGAGCACAAUGUGGUAAAAGUGAGCCAGGAAGAAUAUGACUCUUGCAAGACUAGUGGGGGACAAGUUUACAAUUCAGGAGAUGACAAAAUACCACUUGAAAAGGGGACAUCGUAUUUUAUUUGUACUAUCGGACCACAUUGUUCUGAAGGUGUCAAGGCUGCUAUUACAGCUAAUUAAUUUGUUUCAAACUAUAUGUAUCGAAAUGUAAUGAUUUUAUUUCACAUUUAUAAUUAUGAUUUCGAAUAUCAAUGAUAUAAAAUAUUUUAUUUCAUGAAAUGUAUGCAUGGGUUUUGCUUGUGGA